GCGGAAUCGUCGUUUGACCCCGGAAGUUCAGAAGCUGGGCGAGCUGUCACCGGGAUCCGCGGCGGCGUGGCGGCGGCACAUCGCCGGUAGUGGAGCCGCUGAGGAAGGUCACGCAGCACAAUGCCAGCUCUGCCCCUGGACCAACUCCAGAUCACCCACAAGGACCCGAAGACAGGAAAGCCGAGGACUUCACCAGCGCUGCACCCUGAGCAGAAGGCAGACCGGUAUUUUGUGUUAUACAAACCGCCCCCUAAAGACAACAUCCCCGCCCUAGUGGAGGAGUACCUGGAGCGCGCCACCUUCGUAGCCAAUGACCUCGACUGGCUCCUGGCCUUGCCUCACGAUAAAUUCUGGUGCCAGGUUAUCUUCGAUGAGACCCUGCAGAAGUGCCUGGACUCCUACCUGUGUUAUGUGCCCCGAAAGUUUGACGAAUGGGUGGCCCCCACCCCUGAGGUUGCAGAUAUGCAGAAGCACCUACACCGAAGCGUUUUCCUCACCUUUCUCCGCAUGUCCACUCACAAGGAAUCCAAAGAUCACUUCAUUUCCCCCUCUGCAUUUGGAGAAAUCCUCUACAAUAACUUCCUGUUUGACAUCCCAAAGAUCCUGGACCUCUGUGUGCUCUUUGGGAAAGGCAACUCACCACUACUCCAGAAGAUGAUAGGAAAUAUCUUCACCCAGCAACCAAGUUAUUAUAAUGACCUGGAUGAAACUAUGCCCACCAUUCUUCAGGUCUUCAGCAAUAUCCUCCAGCACUGUGGAUUGCAAGGAGAUGCAGCCAGCAUCACACCCCAGAAGCUGGAGGAGAAAGGACGCUUGACACUCAGCGACAUGCCACUCCUGGAACUAAAAGAUGUUAUUCUCUACCUGUGUGAUACCUGCACAACGCUCUGGGCCUUUCUGGAUAUCUUCCCUUUAGCUUGUCAGACCUUCCAGAAACACGACUUCUGUUCCAGACUAGCAUCGUUUUACGAAGUGGCAAUUCCUGAAUUGGAGUCCGCAGUCAAGAAGAGGAGGCUUGAAGACAGCAAGCUGCUGAGCGAUCUGUGGCAGAGGCUCUCCCAUUCCAAGAAGAAGCUACUGGAGGUGUUUCACAUCAUCCUGAACCACAUCUGUCUUCUUCCCAUCCUAGAAAGCAGCUGUGACAGUGUUCAGGGCUUCAUUGAAGAGUUCCUUCAGAUCUUCAGCUCCUUGCUGCAGGAAAAGAGGUUCCUCCGGGACUAUGAUGCACUCUUCCCUGUGGCUGAGGAUGUUAGCUUACUACAACAGGCCUCAUCAGUCUUGGAUGAGACACGGACUGCCUACAUCCUCCAGGCCGUGGAGAGUGCAUGGGAAGGGGUGAACAGACAGAAAGCCAUGGAUGCUAAAGACACGUCGGCGGCGGAGGAUCCUAAUAGAGUGACAGCAGGAAUGUCCUCACAUCCAGAGAACUUGGAAGAAGUGGAGUGCAUGGGAGCCGCUGCUGCCCCUGGCCCUGCAGUGUGUGGCGUGGAGCUGGACUCACUCAUCUCCCAAGUGAAGGACCUGCUACCAGACCUGGGGGAGGGCUUUAUUCUGGCCUGCCUGGAGCACUAUUGUUACAACUCGGAGCAGGUGAUCAACAACAUCCUGGAGGAUCGCCUGGCCCCUGCCCUCAGCCAGCUGGACCGCAGCCUAGAUAGACAGGUGAAGCCAGACCCUACACCUUUGCUGGCAUCUCGUCACAAUGUCUUCCAGAACGAUGAGUUUGAUGUGUUCAGCAGAGAUUCAGUGGACCUGAACCGGAUUCAUAAAGGCAGAAGGAAGGAGGAGAACACGCGGAGCCUGGUGAACAACAAGCGGGAGGUGGUGGCCCAGCGGCAGCGCUAUGAGCAAUACAGUGUGGUGGUGGAGGAGGUCCCACUGCAGCCAGGUGACUACCAUGGUGACGGCUAUGAGGACGAGUAUGAUGACACGUAUGAUGGCAACCAGAUCGGUGCCAAUGAUGCAGACUCAGAUGACGAGCUCAUCAGCCGCAGACCCUUCACCAUCCCUCAGAUACUGAGAACCAAAGCGCCUGGAGAGGGGCAGGAGAAGGAGGAGGAUGGGGAAGAGGAUGAAGCUGAAGAGGAUACUCCCAAGUUUGACCACUUCGUGCAGGACCCUGCAGUGCUGAGGGAAAAGGCAGAAGCCAGGCGCAUGGCCUUCCUUGCCAGGAAGGGGUACCGGCAUGACAGCUCAACGGCAGUGGCUGGUGGUCCCCGAGGCCACGGACAGAGCCGGGAGACUACCCAGGAACGUAGGAAGAAGGAAGCCAACAAGGCAACCAGAGCCAACCACAACCGGAGAACCAUGGCUGACCGCAAGAGAAACAAGGGCAUGAUCCCUUCCUGAGGCGCCUUUUACGGGUUCAACUCCACCCUCAACCUCAGCUGUGCAGCCCCUAGAAGGACACCUCACCGUCCACCAGCCAGCCAUGAGCGCCUUCUUUCAGACACACAGUGCCUUAUCCAUCGGGGGGACCCAGGCUUCCCAGCUGUGCUGGCAGGAGACGGACAGGGACAAAGCAGCCAGGUGUCCAUGCCAGAACAGCACCUCGCCACUCCCCUUCUUCCCUGGACGGCACAAACCUGGCACAAAGGAACUGCGAAUAAAGUCGCUGACCCUUUCCAGCAAUGACCCAUGGUUCCUGUGACCCUCUGUGUGUAUUCUUCAGGGACGGUGCCAGCUCGAGGACAGAGGGCCCCGCGGUCCCCAUGCUCGUGCCAGCUUUCUGUCUGCAGCGCCUCCUCAUGUCACUCUGCCUUGCUGCAGGACCCUGCUGGUGAAAGGAGGUGGCCGUGUGAGCACUGCAGGCCUUUGUCAGCUCCUCCCGUCCCCGUGGCCUCUGUCCAGGGGCUUGCUACUCCUUUCCCCCCUGUCUUAGAGAUGAGGGAGGCACAGAGGGCUGAAGGUGCUGCCAGGCCACAGCCAGGAAAGGGCAGAGCCGGGCUUGGCCUCUCCAUCUAACCCCUGACUCACAAGUUCUAGACCCCUAUCACCUCACACAGCUGGCCCAAAGACACUUGGCGAGUGGCAGAGCUGGGACCAGAACUCAGUGCCUCACAGUCUUACAUGGUCAUGGUUGACUGACUCCCCCAAAUGGAGAUGGGGAAGGCCUCACACAGCGAGGAUGUCACUGCCACGCCCUGUGUGAGUGGACAGGACACAUGCUGGUCCUAAAGCCCCCUGCAGCCCUGGCCAGCAGCUCCAGAGCGGGACCACAGCCGGGGCCUCUGCCAGGUGGGCUCGGCCUGGGCCCAGCGGGCCCUGCACAGUCACCCUGGAUGUGAGCGCAUGAGGCAGAUGCACUUGAUGAAUUGGUUCUGUUAGGCCAACCGCACAAGUGAAAAUCAAUAGCCAUCCCUCUGCAGCUCACAGUGGUCAGUGUGUUGGAGAUGCAGAGCAGGUAGUAGUGGUGGGGGGUGGUCCUCCCUGUGAGCUGCCAAGUGAGCAGAGGCCAGGCGUGAUAGCCUGGUGGAGGCACUUACCACUGACCCAGCUGAGUGGCACAGACCAUUCUGCCCCCGCUCCUCGCAAAGCUUCUCAAACCCAGGCAUCCAUUGCCUGCCCUACUUGUAGCCCCUCAUGCAGCACCCUCACAAGUUCACUUGCCAAUCUACCUGGAUAGCACCGGGGGUCCUAGGAGCCUCCUAGGAAAUAGUGCAGUGCUCCCCAGAGCGCCCUUUCCUGGCCUCAAUCUUCCUGUCUGCAGAGCAGAUGAGAUCUGCAGAGACCCCAUUUGAGGUUGAGAAGUUCAUGUGUUCCAAGUGUGCCCUUAGCCACACACACACACGCUGCUCCCAGGCAGGGAUUCACUAAGUGCCUUCCCUGGGCUCUGGCAGAGAUCACCAGUGUCAUUGCCAAUGUCUCUGGGAAAGACCAUGCACCUCAGAGGAUUUGGCUCACAUCCUUAUUCCUAGUCCAUGAGAGACAGUGAUGGGGGUUCCGAGUUGGGACAGUGCUUCUGUACCCUUGUGAGUGGGUGGCACAGAGUCGAUCUUUUUUAACAUAAAAAAGGGACCCAGAAGCCCAGCACAAGUUAGUGGCAAAGUGUGGGUGUGUCCUUUCCAAGUGGCCUCCUUCCUAAAAGAGCUGAGGGGGAGCCUGUGUGUCACUGCCACACCAGGAGCAGGGGAGCAGCACUACAGCACCCACAGCAAGCAGGCUGUAUGCAGCCUUCUAAAAUGACAUCAAGAAAGACAUGGUAGCAACAUGGGAAAUAAAUCAUCAAGAAUUUGUGUGA